AUGGCCUCAGAUCAGGCCAUUUCGUCGGCGCCAAAGCCUCUGGCGACGAUGACCAAGCUGUCGCCAUUCGUCGCCAUCUACGAGCCGGCCAAGGGAGUGGCCAGCUCGGCGACUUCCGGCGACCCCAGACUGAUCCUAGUUGCCAGCUGGAUGGAUGCACGGGACCUGCACAUCGCAAAGUAUAUCACUCGGUACCAGGCACUAUACCCAACGUCAAAUAUCCUGCUCAUCAAGUUCAACCUCAAGCACAUUGUCUGGCAGUCAGAAUGUAUCAAAGCCAUCCAACCCGCCGUCUCGUAUCUGCGGUCGCAGGUCGACUCUGGCUAUCUCUCGGAGUCCCCUGCACAGCCUGAGAUGCUGGUUCACAUAUUUUCGAAUGGAGGCGUGGCGAGUACCAAGGCCCUCUUCGAAGACUAUGAAAAGAAGACGGGAGCUGUGUUUCCGUUACAUACCACCGUCUAUGACUCCUGCCCAGGACUCUACUCCUACUGGGGUGCCUACAACGCCUCGAUGGCCGGCGUGCCGAAGGGAAUCUGGCGGUGGAUCAUGGCGCCCGUCAUCCACGCGCUGGACAUGUACCUAUGGCUCAUGGCGGUAGCGCUCAAGCGUCCGUACAACCUUAUCAUCAAUGCGAACUGGCACAACAACCCGGCAAAGACGCGGCAGACCAACCGCGCCUACAUAUACGGGAAGGCGGACGACAUGGUCGAGUGGCGGCACGUGGAGCUGCACGCGGACCAGGCGGCGGCCAAUGGCUAUGUCGUGCGGAAGGAAUCGUUCGAGGACGGGACCCAUGUUGCCCACGUGAGAGCCGACGAGGGUCGAUAUUGGAGGAUUGUGAGGGAGACGUGGGAGAUGGCUACCACUGGCGCAUUGAAGAACUAG